AUGUCAUCCAGAUCGAUUUACCGUACUCUUCGACCGGUGCUAUCAUCUUCGGUACGAUACUCCGGUUUAGGUACUGGACCGGGAAUAAGGGAACAAGUCAUCAGCCACUUGCCAACUGUUCGGUUUUUGAGCUCCGACACGACAUCUCCGGCGACUGAUAAUAACCACCCGGAAACUCCUAUCCGGACGGCAGACGGCAAAGUCAUAUCAACAUAUUGGGGUAUACCUCCGGCUAAGAUCACUAAGUCGGACGGUUCAGCUUGGAAGUGGAAUUGUUUUCAGCCAUGGGAUUCAUACAAACCGGACGUGUCCAUUGAUAUAACCAAACAUCACAAACCGGCCAAUUUCACUGACAAAUUCGCAUAUUGGACCGUCCAAACUCUGAAAAUACCGGUUCGAUUAUUUUUCCAGAGAAAGCAUAUGUGCCAUGCAAUGUUACUGGAGACGGUCGCAGCGGUACCGGGAAUGGUCGGAGGGAUGCUUUUGCACUUGAAAUCUCUUCGGAGAUUCGAACAAAGCGGCGGAUGGAUCAAAGCAUUGCUCGAAGAAGCCGAGAACGAGCGUAUGCACCUCAUGACCUUCAUCGAACUCUCACAACCCAAAUGGUACGAACGAGCGAUUGUGUUUACGGUCCAAGGAGUCUUCUUCAACGCAUAUUUCUUGUCUUAUGUGAUUUCUCCGAAACUUGCUCAUCGCAUCACCGGAUACUUGGAAGAAGAGGCUGUGAAUUCUUACACCGAGUUUCUCGAAGACAUUGAUGCUGGAAAAUUCGAAAACUCGCCAGCACCGGCCAUCGCGAUCGAUUACUGGCGACUGCCUAAAGACGCAACGUUGAGAGACGUGGUCUUUGUCAUCCGAGCUGACGAAGCUCACCACCGAGAUAUUAACCAUUAUGCUUCGGACAUACAGUUUCAAGGACACGAACUCAAGGAAGCUCCGGCACCGAUUGGAUAUCACUAA